AUGUCGGCUGGCGGAAGGAACUUCUCCUUCGAGCCCCAAGAUGACAACACUUUGAGCCCGCUCGGACAUGCCGCUCAGGCCCAGGAACAGGAACAGGAACACGGGCAUCUGUCUUACAUACCCUACCAGCAACACCCAUACCAUGACACUCCACCCAGGGAUCUUGUCUCUCCUCCUCCCAGAUACGCCUCUACCUCCCCGAGUCGCAACCAACAACGCUCUCCUCCCACAUCCCCUCGUCGACGUCCUGUCCCUCAAGACACUCAUCUCCUCACCGACCUUUCGCCUCCUCGAGCGCUUUCACGACGGCCAGCUCCUGCAGACUACGACGACGUUGAGCCUCCUCCCCCUCCCCCUCCACCUCAUAGGUCUAGUCCGAACAGACUCUCAAGAGGCGAUUCCCUGACCACCAACCCCUACCCAGAAGCGACCGCAGGAAUGGACUAUUCUGGCAAUGGGGUAGCAGGAGGGGGAUUCAACCCGGUCGCACAUGCUCACGAUGGCGGGCUUGAACCUGUUCGCUCAUUUCCUCAGUCCUAUUCUCCAUACCAACAACCACAACCCUCCUCACGGUUCCCUGACCGAACCUCAUACGGCUCGACAUUCGCUCUUGCCCGUGGCGCUGCCACCCCCGGCAGCAUCACUCCUUCUCCUUCUCCCGGGCCCAGAUCCUCUGGCUACUCUGGCAGAAGCAUUCCCUUGGAAGAAUAUCAACCUAACUUCCACCAGUCACAGUCCUACCCUAGCUACCACGAUCUUCCCUAUCAGCCAAGCAAGCCUGGCGACUUCAUGACCCAAGCUAGUAUCAACCCAGAAAAUAUCCUCGACGACGGUGAUGAAGGCAUGCCACCAGCUGGCGGGCAAAGAGGCAUCGGAAAAAGCGCCGCUACCACUGCGGCUGCCGCAGGAACUGCCGGCUUACUAGGUGGUUUGUUCGGCCGCAAAUCAAAGAACCAUACCCCUAGCGGGACCUACGAUGCGGUGGGUGCAGCUCCUAAACCCGAGAGAAGUGAAUGGUUGUCAGAGCAGACCAGAGGGAAAAGAAAGAUGAAAUUGUGGGUGGGUGUUGCCAUUGGCCUCGUUAUCGUCAUAGCCAUCAUCGGCGGGAUUCUGGGUGGUGUUUUAGGUUCGAAAAGCUCGGGCAGUUCCAGCUCGUCCAGCGGCGACACCAACAAUGCAGCCUCAGACACCGAGGCGAACGGAGAUCUCGACAAGAAUUCGGCAGAGAUUAAGGCGCUCAUGAACAACCCAAACCUCCACAAGGUCUUCCCAGGCAUGGAUUACACGCCAUGGGGGACACAAUAUCCUCUGUGCUUCACCUAUCCUCCGUCCCAGAACAACGUCACACGUGACAUGGCCGUCUUGUCGCAGCUCACGAAUGUCGUCCGACUCUAUGGCACUGACUGCAAUCAGACCGAGAUGGUGCUCCACGCCAUCGAUCGUCUUGAACUCACCGAUAUGAAACUCUGGAUGGGUGUCUGGAUUGACACCAAUCAGACGACCACUGAUCGCCAGUUGGAUCAAAUGUACGAGAUUUUGGCGGAAGCUAAAGACCUCUCAGUGUUCAAGGGCGUCAUUGUCGGCAACGAAGCUCUCUAUCGUGCAGGUGUGGACAAAGCACAGUCAGAGCAGCAGCUCAUCACCAUUCUGGACGGUGUCAGGACGAAGUUCAAGUCUCUCGGCUAUGAUCUCCCCAUUGCAACAUCCGAUCUCGGAGACAACUGGAACGCCCAACUUGUGACAGCCGUGGAUUAUGUGAUGUCGAAUAUCCAUCCCUUUUUCGCUGGUGUCACGCCAGAGGUCGCGGCUAGUUGGACAUGGGAUUUCUGGCAAACUCACGAUGCCGUCUUGACUGAAGGGAUGCCAAAUGUCCAGCAACUCAUCAGCGAGACUGGUUGGCCCAGCGGAGGUGGAGAGGACUGUGGAGGCACUGACGGAUCAUGCGCGCCGGGGCAGAGUGGAUCUGUCGCUGGCGUUGAUGGCAUGAAUACAUUUAUGGACAAUUGGGUAUGCCAAGCAUUAGCAAACGGAACUGAGUAUUUUUGGUUUGAGGCAUUUGACGAGCCUUGGAAGAUCAUCUACAAUACCGCCAGCCAACAGUGGGAAGACAAGUGGGGUCUCAUGGAUCCAGGCAGGAAUUUGAAGCCGGGCCUGAAAAUCCCUGACUGUGGCGGGAAGACUGUUGGCUCUUGA